ACAGGAGUGGCGUAUUGCCGCUUUGCUAGAGCAAUUUCCCCGAAGAUGGCGGCGUGUAGACGUGUUCAGCUGCUUCUGCUGUUGAUGUCCGUGUCAUUCUGCAUUUGUACCAUUCAAGCAUUUAAAACACAAAAUAAUGGAAUUGGAAAUGGACUCGGUAACCAACAAAACGCUCCUGGGCUUAACGGAGCGGCAGUCCCAGUCAAAGAUGUCCCGGUUGCCGCGGCCUCGCAGCCACGGAGGACAGCCGGCUGGAAGCUGGCAGAAGAGGAGGCCUGCAGGGAGGACUUGACCCGGCUUUGUCCGAAGAACACCUGGACCAACAACCUAGCCGUGCUUGAGUGUUUUCAGGAGAGAAAAGAGGAUACGGAGAUUGCUGCAGACUGCAACCAUCUGCUGUGGAACUACAAGCUGAACCUAACAACCGACUCCAAGUUUGAGUCUGUUGCCAUGGAGGUCUGCAAGAGCACCAUCCCCGAGAUUAAAGAGUGUAAUGAGGAAGAGCGCGGGAGGGGCUUCCUGGUGUCAUGCCUGGUGGAUCACCGUGGCAACAUCACAGAGAACCACUGCCAGCAGUACGUAACGAAGAUGACGAGCAUCAUCUUCAGCGACUACCGCCUCAUCUGCGGCUUCAUGGACAAGUGUCGUGAGGACAUCAACACCCUGCACUGUGGCAGCAUCAGCACUGGGGAGAAGGACAUCCAUUCCCAGGGUGAGGUCAUUGCCUGCCUAGAGAAAGCCUUGGUGAGAGAGGCGGAGCAACAGGAUCUGGCUCAUCCAAUCAGAGACGAGUGUAAGAAGUCCAUCAUGCGCGUGGCCGAGCUCUCGUCUGAUGACUUCCACCUGGAUCGAUACCUGUACUUCUCCUGUCGUGAAGACCGCGAGCGCUUCUGUGAAAACACCCAAGCUGGGGAGGGCAAGGUCUACAAGUGUCUCUUCAACCAUAAGUUUGAGGAGGGCAUGUCUGAAAAGUGUCGAGACGCCUUGACCACCAGACAGAAACUGAUAGCACAGGACUACAAGGUGAGCUACUCCCUGGCCAAGGCCUGCAAGGCUGACCUGAGGAAGUACCGCUGUAACCUGGACACCAACCUGCCACGCGCCCGCGAGGCUCGCCUCUCCUACCUGCUGCUCUGCCUGGAGUCUGCUGUCCACAGAGGACGGACGGUGAGUGGAGACUGCCAGGGGGAGAUGCUGGAUUACAGGAGGAUGCUGAUGGAGGACUUCUCCCUGAGCCCGGAGAUCGUGCUGCACUGCCGGGGGGAGAUCGAGGCGCACUGCUCGGGCCUGCACCGGAAGGGACGGACCCUGCACUGCCUCAUGAAGGUGGCCCGCGGAGACAAGGGCACUGUGGACGGCCUGUGUCAGAGCGCGCUCCAGACCCUGAUCCAGUCAGCUGACCCGGGGGCGGACUACAGAAUAGACCGUGCCCUCAACGAGGCCUGCGAGUCCGUCAUCCAGACCGCCUGCAAACACAUCCGCAACGGAGACCCCAUGAUCCUGUCCUGUCUGAUGGAGCACCUCUACACAGAGAAGAUGGUGGAGGAGUGUGAGCACCGCCUGCUGGAGCUGCAGUACUUCAUCUCACGAGACUGGAAGCUGGACCCUAUCCUGUAUAAGAAGUGCCAGGGUGACGCCGCCCGCCUGUGCCACACCCACGGCUGGAACGAGACCAGCGAGAUGAUGCCCCCUGGCGCCGUGUUCUCCUGUCUCUACCGCCACGCCUACCGCACUGAGGAACAGGGCAGACGGCCCAGUGCUGAGGACUCACUAUCGCGAGACUGUAAGGUGGAGGUGCAGAGAAUCCUCCACCAGAGGGCGCUGGAUGUGAAGCUGGACCCUGAGCUGCAGAAACGUUGCAUGACUGACCUGGGCAAAUGGUGCAGCGAGAAGACUGACACGGGCCAGGAGUUGGAAUGUCUACAGGACCAUCUAGAGGACCUGGUUUCAGAGUGCAGAGAUGUGGUUGGCAACCUGACUGAGCUGGAGUCUGAGGACAUUCAGAUUGAAGCCCUGCUGAUCCGUGCCUGUGAACCAGUCAUCCAGUCCCACUGCCACGAUGUAGCAGAUAACCAGAUCGACACAGGGGACCUGAUGGAGUGCCUGGUGCAGAACAAACACCAGAAGGAGAUGAAUGACAAGUGCACCGUGGGCGUCACCCACUUCCAGUUGAUCCAAAUGAAGGACUUCCGCUUCUCCUACAAGUUCAAGAUGGCUUGCAAGGAGGAUGUGCUGAAACUGUGUCCCAACAUAAAGAAGAAGGUGGAUGUGGUCAUCUGUCUGAGCUCCACGGUGAGGAACGAUACCCUGCAGGAUGUCAAGGAGCAGCGCGUCUCUCUCAAGUGCCGCAAGCAACUGAGGGUGGAGGAGCUGGAGAUGUCGGAGGACAUAAGGCUAGAGCCCGACCUCUAUGACUCUUGUAAGACUGACAUCAGCAGACUCUGCUCCAACGUGGCCUUUGGCAACGCACAGAUGAUUGAGUGUUUGAAGGAGAGUAAGAAACAGUUGUCUCAGCGCUGUCACCAGAAGGUUUUCAAGCUGCAGGAGGUGGAGAUGAUGGACCCAGAGUUGGACUACCAGCUCAUGAGGGUCUGCAAGCAGAUGAUAAAGCGGUUCUGUACUGAGGCGGAUGCCAAGAACAUGCUGCAGUGUCUGAAGCAGAACAAGAACAGUGAGCUGAUGGAUCCCAAAUGUAAACAGACGAUCACCAAGAGACAGAUCACACAGAACACAGAUUACAGGUUGAACCCUGUGCUGAGGAAGGCCUGUAAGGCCGACAUCCCUAAAUUCUGCCAGGGCAUCCUGAACAAAGCCAGCGACGACAGCGAGCUGGAGGGCCAGGUUAUCUCCUGCCUCAAACUCAAAUAUGCUGACCAGAGGCUGUCCUCAGAUUGUGAGGACCAGAUCAGAGUCAUCCUUCAGGAGUCUGCUCUGGACUACAGACUGGACCCACAGCUUCAGAUGCACUGCACUGAGGAAAUCAAUCGACUGUGUGCGGAGGAAGCAUCUGCUCAGGAGCAGACUGGACAGGUGGAGGAGUGUCUGAAGGUCAACCUGCUCAAGAUCAAACAUGAGACCUGCAAAAAGGAGGUUCUGAACAUGCUGAAGGAGAGUAAGGCAGACAUCUUUGUUGACCCUGUGCUCCACACAGCCUGUGCACUGGACCUUAAGCACCACUGUGCCGCCAUCACACCUGGCAGAGGACGACAGAUGUCCUGCCUGAUGGAGGCUCUGCAGGACAAGAGGGUGCGUCUGCAGCCGGAGUGUAAGAAGAGAUUGCAGGACCGCAUUGACAUGUGGAGCUACGCCGCUAAGGUGGCGCCAGCGGAAGGCUUUUCAGACCUGGCCAUGCAGGUGAUGACCUCGCCUUCGAAGAACUACAUCCUGCUGAUGAUCACAGUGGGCGUGUGCAUGCUCUUCCUGGUGGGACUGCUAUGUGGACGCAUCACCAAGCGGGUCACACAGGAACUGAAGGACAGGUAGAGGAGGACCGGACCACCUUCAUAAGACUCUUUCUCCAAAGGCCCAUCUAAGAUGCCCCAAGCCCCUGUCAAACACCCUUGGUUUGGCCCAAAUGCCUCUACCGAACCCCCAGGGUUCUUGUUCACAUUGGGGGUCCUAUUCCUUGGCCGCCCAAGCACCCUACCAACUUCCCCGCAGUGCCAGUGCCAUGUUUGAACCCCCCCAUUCACACUCCCACAUAGUACUGAAGAAUAAGUAUUCAAAUGCCCUGGCCUUUCUACUGAAGUUACUUCGACUACGGUCAUUCUUUCGUCCUGUCGAGAGAGGAAGCUUUUUUCUUUUUGAAGAAAUCUUGCUUUUUGACCGUUUGAUCCCCAGACAAACAUUUUGUGGACCCUUCUCGAGUUGGCUUGAAACCCACAGGUUGUCCUUCAGCCAAAUCUGAUAUUGUAUGUUAAUAAGUAUUUUAUUGGUGAGGACAGAUGGCAGCAGUUGCAUCAGUUCAGUUACUAGGCCGGCGCCUACAUGGCCACCAGCACAGCUUACACAGAGCUUCCUUCUCCUCUUUGUCCCAACGGAGAAGAACCUGCUUUUGAUUUGUGAUGUUGGUGUUGGAUUUAAGUUCUUUUUUGUUUUUGUUUAAAAGGGAUAGAAAUGGCGGAGGCAGAGGGGUUGUGGGGAUUUUUUGGUGUGUUUCUUACCAAUUGAAUACCACAGGAGACUCUGAUGACAAACACCCAAGGCUCCCCUUACAUCACUGGAUAUAGUUUUUUUUUUUGUUUUGUUUUUUGCAAAUUGUCCUUUUUGGUUAUUUCAUAUGUACACUUUAUUAAAAUUUCAAUUGGCACUGAAUUUGCUGAACCUUAGUCAGGGUAGUCUAAGGGGCUUGGGGUUUAUGAGAUCAUUUGGGAGGCCUCUUGUCUCCUCUGAGUAUCUGACCCAGCCGCACCUCCAUAGCCAUGUCGAGGACCAAUUCACUUUCUGUAGUGAAGGAAGACACAACCCCUGAAAAUGAUUGAGAUGGAUCGGUGCAUUGGUGUACAUUUAGUUUUAGAUUUGUCAUUCUAAUUUGAAUCAUUGCACAUUGUUUUGAUUGUGUACUUAUUGUUUGGUUGCAGCCUUAUUUAUUGUUUACUAAUGAUCGGUUGAGUUUUUAUGAUGUCCUCGUUGCGUGCUUGCGUGUGUGUGGAUUCACUCACACUAUCCACUAACUAGAUGUCUUUUCUGCUCAAAUGACCCAAGUGAAGGGUGUUGGUUGGGAAUCCUAGGAAUAUAGAAACAUUUUGAUAUUUUAUAUGAUGGAUGUGUUUAGGUUAUGGGAUCUGGUGAGAUUGUACAUUUUGAAGCUACCAACCAACAUUUUGGUUUUAAAAGAAGCCACAGGGUGUCCACACUUUGCAAGGGCAUGAUGUAUAUCCUUGUCUCCUUCC